AUGGACAUUGAACAAACAGAAGAAACUGUUGAGUCUCAAUGUAAUAAUAAUAGUAUUACUGUGACAGAUGACUCAAAUGAUAAACUAGUAGAUUCUUUCUCGGGUUCAAAUGUCACAAUGCCUGAAAUUACUAUACCGGACAUGGGAACUAGUGCAUUUUUUCCUGUAUCAAAUAGUACACCAGUAUCAACGAAUACAGAUAAACAAAUGCAUUUUGAAAUUUCUGAACCUUGUUCAGAUGAUUUUAUUGAUCAUAAUUUGUUAGUAGAAUCAACUAAUGAUGAGGAAUCCGUCGUUCUUGAACGCCUCGAAGGUCGACGAAUUGUGGAUAUAAAUCAUUUAUUCGAGCAAAUUAAAAAAAUCCGACAUGAACCAUUCAACUGCUCAUUUGUGGACAUGGUAUUUAUAUCAGAAACUCGUAAAGGGUAUAUGUCUGUCUUUACAUUUAAAUGUAAAAUGUGUAACAUUAUUUCAAAAAUUACAUCAGAAAUGUUAAAUAAUACUGCACCUUACUUGCCCAUAAAUAAAGCUAUAGUAAAUGGUAGCUUAGCUAUUGGAAUAGGCCAAACACAACUCGCCGAAUUAUCGGCUUCAAUCGAAUUACCAUUUAUCUCGUCUACUUCAUACAUCAGUCAUUUAUCGACUGUAAGCAGUUCAGUGCAAGAUACUGCUAUUGAUGAGAUCACUAAAGCUGGUAAAGAAGAAAGGGAAAUAGCUAUUAAGAAUGGAAAUGUCGAUGAAAAUGGUAUACCCAUGUGUACUGUUAUUGCUGAUGGCCAAUGGUCAAAGAGAUCAUAUAAAACAAAAUAUAAUUCAUUUUCUGGAGCGGCGACUAUUAUUGGAUUCAACACAAAAAAAGUACUAUUUGUUGGUGUGCGUAAUAGUUACUGUUCUGUUUGUCAGCGAGCAACAAACAGAAAAACUGAGCCACCUGUUCACGUUUGUUUCCUUAAUUGGAAAAAGCCAUCCACCGCCAUGGAAGCGGAUAGUAUAUUGGAAGGGUUUUCCAAUAGUUUGAAUAUGCAUGGACUAAAGUAUAAUAAACUUAUCGGCGACGGUGACAGCAGUGUCACUAAUAAACUAAAUGAAGUAAUGCCUUAUGGACCAGAGUUUAAAAUACAAAAAAUUGAAUGUAGAAAUCAUCUCCUCCGUAACUACGGAAUGAAAAUGUCAGCUCUCUCGAAAAAAAUUGAAUAUCCAGCUAUAAUUCGUAAAUUUAUCACUACUAAUAUUUUACGUUUUCGUUCAGAUAUAACUAAGGCUAUUGAACAUCAUUUAAAUGAAAAUUCACCACUUCUACAAAAAAUAAGAGACCUUAGAAAAGAUAUUACAAACAGCCCAUACCAUCGUCUUGGACAGCAUGAUAACUGUGCUAACUACUUUUGUACCGGGCCAAAAGUUGGAGAAAGAAACUUCGUACCUGAAGCUAUAGAAACUGGUAUCAUGGCUGAAAUUAGAAAAAUUGUUUAUAGACUAGCGGCAAAUACUGAGAGCUUGAUUGAAAACACAGAUAACAACCCGUGUGAACAAUUCAACAGUCUCAUAAACAAGCACAUUGGCGGAAAACGGAUCAAUUUUACACAGGGGAAUAAUUAUAAAACACGGGUCGAAGCUGCAGUUGUGGCAUAUAACUCUCAUAAUUAUAUACGUGCUGUACAAAAAACAAUUAUUUCCAAAAGUCCAGGAAAAUUCGGUAAUAAAUAUUCAACUAAUAUUACUAGAAUUAGGAAUAAUACCAACAAUAGAAGACGAAAACUUUUUAGUUCUGGAAUUGUACGAACAAAACCCAAGUAUAAAUGUAGCGCACCUGAUAACAACUAUGGUUUAGCUGAGCCUUUAGACGAUAACCUCAGUUUAAAUAAUGAACAUUUUUUGGAAAAAAAAAAUUUAUUUUUACAAAAGCUCACUGAUGUGAACCGAUAUGAAAUUGAAAAAGUUACUAGGGAUCAAAGCCAUAGUGAGAUAUGGUAUAAAGAAAGGCGAGUACGUUUGACAGCUUCAAAAUUCGGCGAGAUAUGCAAAAUGAGAGAUUCUACAAGCUGUAAGAUAAAAGUCCAUGGAAUGCUGUACAAACCAUCUGCUAUGUGCAAAUCAAUGGCUUACGGUAUAGAAAUCGAACCCCUAGCCAGGUCGAGUUUUGAAGCAUUACUUCAAGUUUCCGUCCAGUUGUGUGGUUUGUUUAUCGAUCGAGAGUAUCCAUACUUAGCAGCUAGCCCAGAUGGACUAGUUGGUGAACAUUUCGUUUUGGAGAUCAAAUGUCCAUACGCCGCCAAAGAUACAAUCAGUGCUAUUGAAGCGAUGGAAAAAAAAUUGUUGCCAUAUUGUUCGGUUAAAGAAGGAAAAAUUGUGUUAAAAAAAGACCAUGCCUAUUACUUUCAAGUAAUUGGUCAGUUAAGGAUAACACAAAGAAAUUUGUGUUAUUUCGUAAUUUACACGAAAAAUUGGAUGAAUGUCGAAGAAAUACAUUUUGAUAUUUCCUUUUGGGAAUGGAAAAUGGUCAAAAAACUUCAGUCAUUUUAUUUGGAUUGCUUGUUGCCCGAAAUUAUAGACCCCCUUUAUGGGAAAAGGUUGUUGAUUACUGAUAUUAGAGAGCCACUACAUAUUUUAAACGCUCAACAUCUGCAACGACAAAUUAAAAAAAAAAAUGUUAAAAGAUGA